AUGGCCUCCUGGACACACCUUAUCCGAUUUGUCGCCGUCGAAGACAACCACAUCCAUCUUGGCCAAUUGGUCAACACCGACCAGGAUGUGGGCAAAGACAGCGUCAACGGGGUGGAUAUCCCUGUGUACCUCAUCCAGGGGACAAUCUUCGAUGGCCGUGUUACGGAUCAGCUCAUGCAUGUGAAGCAGAUCCUCGCUCCCGUGAGCACCGAACAAUGCAAUUACAUUCGCUGCCUCGGACUGAACUACCUCGACCACGCCAAGGAAGCCAACCUCGCCCUUCCGACGGUUCCUAUCCUCUUCACUAAGCCACGUUCGGCCCUCAUCGGCCCGUAUCCUGCCGCGAUCAAUGUCCCCAAAUGUGCCCAGGAUGGCACCAGCGACUAUGAAUCCGAGUUGUGUGUGGUGAUUGGUCGUACGGGACGGGAUAUCCCCGAAGAGAAAGCCUUGGAUUAUGUUCUGGGAUAUACGGCUUCGAAUGAUGUAUCUGCUCGGACGUUGCAGUUGGCUACUGCUCAGUGGUCGUUUUCAAAGGGUUUGGAUGGAAGUUGUCCGAUUGAUCAGAAGAAGACUAAUGCGGAGAUUCUAUAUACAGGUCCUGUUCUGGUCUCACCAUCAGUGAUUACCGAUCCUCAGACUCUUCGCAUUCAGGGUAUACAUAACGGGGUUGUUGUCCAGGAUGGACAUACUAAAGAUAUGAUCUUCUCCAUUAAGAAGCAGAUUUCGUACCUCUCCCAAGGGACUACGUUGGAAGCGGGGACGAUCUUCCUCACUGGCACACCGGCGGGAAUUGGGUACUUCAAGAAGCCGAGACAUGUUUUGGAGGAUGGGGAUGAGUUUUCGGUGACGAUUGAUAAGAUUGGUACUUUGACUAAUAAGGUACGCUAUGAAUAG